CAGGGCAGGUGGGCUAGGCUGUGUCGGGUUGCGAAGGGGGAGAAUAACGUCGGGUCGGGUCAGCGGGCGCUGCAGUAGUCGCCGCAGCGGCGAUGGGAGCGGUGGGGACGAGGCGGCGGCGGCGGCGGCAGGAGGAGGAGCAGGGGCUGGCACAAGAGCAGCGGCUGGGGGCGGCCAGCAGCAGCAUUAACAGCAGCCGCAGCCGCCGCCGCCGCCAGUAAACGCGGACGGUACCCGAGGGGACUACCCAGCCGGCCGGCCCUCGAAGCCGCGCUCGGCUCCCGCCGCAGUCGGCGGCGGGGGAUGGGCAGGCGGCGGCGGUCCCGCCUGCUGAGGGUUGAUCCCUGUCGGUCCUGGUCCUGAGCUGGAUCCGAGCCCUCCGCCCGAAAUCCCUGCGUCCGCCACGGCCCAGGUUAAAUGGAAACCACCCUUGGGAGCUGGAUGCCUGUAUAACCGUUCUAUCACAUCAGUGAAUUGCAAUGAGUGGAGGAGGAGAGCAGCCGGAUAUUCUCAGUGUUGGAAUCUUGGUCAAAGAAAGAUGGAAAGUGUUGAGGAAGAUUGGGGGUGGGGGCUUUGGAGAAAUUUACGAUGCCUUGGACAUGCUUACCAGGGAAAAUGUUGCACUGAAGGUAGAAUCAGCUCAACAACCAAAACAAGUUCUGAAAAUGGAGGUUGCUGUACUGAAAAAACUACAAGGGAAAGACCAUGUUUGUAGAUUUAUUGGCUGUGGGAGGAAUGAUCGAUUCAACUAUGUGGUCAUGCAGUUGCAGGGUCGGAAUCUGGCAGAUCUACGCCGUAGCCAGUCCCGGGGCACAUUCACCAUUAGCACUACUCUUAGGCUGGGGAGACAGAUUCUGGAGUCUAUUGAGAGCAUCCAUUCCGUGGGAUUCUUGCACCGAGACAUCAAACCAUCAAACUUCGCCAUGGGUCGCUUUCCUAGUACAUGUAGGAAAUGUUACAUGCUUGAUUUUGGCUUGGCUCGACAAUUUACCAAUUCCUGUGGUGACGUCAGACCACCUCGAGCUGUGGCAGGCUUUCGAGGGACAGUUCGUUAUGCGUCAAUAAAUGCUCACCGAAACAGGGAAAUGGGAAGACAUGAUGACCUUUGGUCCUUAUUCUACAUGUUGGUGGAGUUUGUGGUUGGUCAGCUGCCUUGGAGAAAAAUAAAGGACAAGGAGCAAGUAGGCUCUAUUAAGGAGAGGUAUGACCACAGGCUUAUGUUGAAACAUCUCCCUCCAGAAUUCAGCAUCUUUCUGGACCACAUCUCUUCUUUGGAUUAUUUUACAAAACCAGACUACCAGCUUCUGACAUCCGUGUUUGACAACAGCAUCAAGACCUUUGGAGUAAUUGAGAGUGAUCCUUUUGACUGGGAGAAGACUGGAACUGAUGGUUCCCUAACAACCACCACUACUUCUGCCACCCCUCAACUGCACACCCGUUUGACCCCUGCAGCAAUUGGAAUUGCCAAUGCCACUCCCAUCCCAGGAGACUUGCUUCGAGAAAAUACAGAUGAGGUGUUUCCAGAUGAACAGCUUAGUGAUGGGGAGAAUGGCAUCCCUGUUGGUGUGUCACCAGAUAAAUUGCCUGGAUCUUUGGGGCACCCACGUCCCCAGGAGAAGGAUGUCUGGGAAGAGAUGGAUGCCAACAGGAACAAGAUAAAGCUUGGGAUUUGUAAGGCUGCUACUGAGGAAGAGAACAGCCAUGGUCAAGUAAAUGGUAUUCUGAAUGCUCCAAGCCUUGGUUCACCGAUUCGUGUCCGCUCAGAGAUUACUCAGCCAGACAGAGAUGUUCCAUUGGUGCGGAAGUUACGUUCUAUCCACAGCUUUGAGCUGGAAAAACGUCUAACACUGGAGCCAAAGCCAGACACUGACAAGUUUCUUGAGACCUGCCUGGAGAAAAUGCAGAAAGACUCCAGUGCAGGAAAGGAAUCUAUUCUCCCUGCUCUGCUUCAUAAGCCUUGUGUUCCCGCUGUGUCCCGUACUGACCACAUCUGGCACUAUGAUGAAGAAUAUCUUCCAGAUGCUUCUAAGCCUGCCUCUGCCAACACCCCUGAACAGGCAGAUGGCGGUGCCAGCAAUGGAUUUAUAGCAGUUAACUUGAGCUCCUGCAAGCAGGAGGUUGAUUCCAAAGAAUGGGUGAUUGUGGACAAGGAGCAGGACCUUCGGGAUUUUAGGACAAAUGAGGCUUUAGGCCAUAAAACAACUGGGAGUCCUUCUGAUGAGGAGCCUGAAGUACUUCAAGUCCUGGAGGAAUCGCCUCAAGAUGAAAAGCUCCUACUGGGUCCUUGGGCAGAAAGUGAUCAUUUAAAGAAAGAAACCUCAGGUGUGGUCUUAGCACUUUCUGGGGAGUGUCCUGCCACUGCUGUUCCAGAACAGUAUACAGAUAGGCUAGAACUCCAGGCUGGAGCUGCUAGUCACUUUAUUGCAGUGACACCCACGAGUCCAAUGGAGGCGCAAGCAGAAGGACCCCUCACAGCGAUUACAAUUCCUAGACCUUCUGUGGCAUCCACACAGUCAACUUCAGGAAGCUUUCACUAUGGUCAGCAGCCAGAGAGGAGAGACCUUCAGCCUGUUGAGCCCACUGUAGAACUUUACUCUCCACGGGAGAACUUCUCUGGCCUAGUUGUAACAGAGGGUGAACCUCCUAGUGGAGGAAGCAGAACAGACUUGGGGCUUCAGAUAGAUCAUAUUGGUCAUGACUUGUUACCCAGUAUUAGAGAGAGUAACAAAUCUCAAGACCUGGAACCAAAAGACCUCGCUGACCAUAACAGACUGGCUGUGAGAGAAUUUGAGAGUCUCCCUAGAGAAACCGAAGAGAAAAGCAUUCUUCUAGGAUCAGAUAAUGAAGAUGAGAAGUUAAGUAAAGGACAGCAUUAUAUUGAGAUCGCCUCUCUUCCAGGAGACUUGGUAACUGUGGAAAGGGAUCACUCAGCUACUACUGAACCUCUUGAUGUGACAAAGACACAGACUUUUAGUGUGGUGCCAAAUCAAGACAAAAAUCACGAGAUAAUGAAGCUUCUGGCAGUUGGAACUUCAGAAAUUUCUCCACGAGUCAUUGACUCACAUGUUGAAGGACAGAUAGGUCAGGUGGCAGCAAUGCAAAAAAGUAAGCUAUCUAAGGAUGAUGACAUCGGGAGUGAAGACUUGCCAGGUCAUCAGGGAGACGUGUCUACUUUUUUGCACCAAGAGGGUAAGAGAGAGAAAAUUGCCCCUAGAAAUGGAGAAUUAUUUCAUUGUGUUUCAGAGAGUGAACAUUGUCCCCCAUCCCGAAAGGAUGUGGUUAAGUCAUCUUUUGUAACUAGACACAGCCGAAUCCCUGUUUUAGCACAAGAAAUAGAUUCAACUUUUGAAUCAUCCUCUCCAGUCUCUGCAAAAGAAAAGCUCCUCCAAAAGAAAGCUUAUCAGCCAGACCUAGUCAGGCUUCUUGUGGAAAAAAGGCAACUCAAGUCUUUCCUUGGGGACCUCUCAAGUGCCUCUGAUAAAUUGCUAGAGGAGAGACUAGCUACUGUUCCUGCUCCCUUUUCUGAGGAGGAAGUCUUCACUCCCUUUUCAAGACUGGCUGUAGACUCGCACCUGAGCAGAUCAGCCGAAGACAGCUUUCUGUCACCCAUCAUCUCCCAGUCCAGAAAGAGCAAAAUUCCAAGGCCAGUUUCAUGGGUCAACACAGAUCAAGUUAGUACCGCAACUUCAUCUCAGUUCUUGCCUCGGCCACCACCAGGAAAGCCCCCUACGAGGCCUGGAGUAGAAGCCAGGCUCCGCAGAUACAAAGUCCUAGGGAGUAGCAAUUCCGACUCAGACCUUUUCUCCCGCCUGGCCCAAAUUCUUCAAAAUGGAACUCAGAAACCCCGGAGCACUACUCAGUGCAAGAGUCCAGGAUCCCCUCACAAUCCAAAAACACCACCCAAGAGUCCAGUUGUCCCUCGCAGAAGUCCCAGUGCCUCUCCUCGAAGCUCUUCCUUGCCUCGCACAUCUAGUUCCUCACCAUCGAGGGCUGGACGGCCCCACCAUGACCAGAGGAGUUCAUCCCCACAUCUGGGGAGAAGCAAGUCACCUCCCAGCCACUCAGGAUCUUCCUCCUCCAGGAGGUCCUGCCAACAGGAGCAUUGCAAACCCAGCAAGAAUGGCCUGAAAGGAUCCAGCAGCCUCCACCACCACUCGGCCGGCACUAAAGCCCCCCCAGGGAAGAGUAAGUCAGCCACUAAACUCAGCAGAUAGGAGCUGGGCUGCAUCUCUGGGAAAGGUGUGAGGUCUUCCUCCUAAACCUGAUGCAUGUGUGUCCUUGUACUGUCUAUUUAAAAAAUCAGUGUUGAUCUUCUCUUACAAAAGAAAGUAACAUAAAUUAUUUAUAAGAAGACAUAAAUAUAUGAUAAGGAAUUACCUAAGGCAGGCAGCAAGCAGAUCAGGAAUCCAUGCCUUUGCAUAGGAAGGGGCAAUCCAGCAAAAUCCAAGGGGGAGAUUAAAUGAACUCUUAUUUUUUAGCUGCCUUUGAAACAAAGGAGUUAAAGGAAGGAGAUGGAAUAGAAUUUUAAGGGGUUUGGCCUGGUAUGUUUGUUUUUAAGGCAUUGCUCAAAGAUUAUAUAGCAAAAGUGAAACUUCUUGUUUUAAUAUUUUUAUUCAAACUUCCCAACGUGGGAGAGUCAGAAUUGCUCUAAUAUUAGGAUAUAUAACAAGUCUGUUUGCUGGAGACCCAGUGCUCAUACACACAUGGCUUGUGUAUUUAUCUAGUGUAUUGAGAGUUCACACCUUUACUUUGCCUCAUGCCUACUACCCUCCCUGGAUUUCACAGUUUUUAAAGUUAGUGUAUCUCACCUGAUGCAGUCUCUCUAAUUUUAACGAUACAUUCUAAUAUGCUUUCAGCAGGACAUGAUGAAAACUUCAAAUCCAGUUAUUUUUUUUAGUCCCCUAAUAUUUUUCUGUGGAGCGGCAGUUCUUAGUAUAUUUUUAUUGUGAAAAAGAACUACUGAAACUUAGGUAAAGGAAGAAGUCUAAAUAGAGCUACUUUCCAGGCUUCAGUGCUUUAGGGAGAGAGGAACAGAGUGAGGCUAAUACCAUUCAAGACAAAAGAACCCUCUUCCCCUCUGUUUCCUCCUUAUGGAAGGAAGACCGACCAGAGUAGACCUUACUUUCUUAGGUCUUCCGGAUACCAGCUAUUUCCAAUAUCAACCUCCAAGAUGAUACCAGGGAAAUACACUGCUGUGGAGUGUGACUUUAUGCUUUUAGAUAUUUAGAAAGAAAAAUAGAGAGAAAUUAGGUACGUUGUUGAGGCUUAUAAUCCUCAAACUUUGUAUUUUAUACAUUUAGCCAAUAAGGAACAAGUAUCUGGGGAAAUAAAUUUAGGCUCAGUAUUUAUCUUUUAAUGUUUUAUUACCUGCUUCUCUUGUGCUUUAGUUUGAAUAUUUGGGCUUUUGGACCUGAUUUCCUUGUAACCUCAAUUUAUAAAGCUGUGAGGAGGAGCAUAUUCUGAUUUCACUCUUCUAGUAACAGGAAUCAGGCAAAAGUAAAUUAUGCUAGAUUUUUCAAAUGGGCUCUUUUCUACUCUGUAGGUGUUUUGUGUUGUAAAGACCUUAUUGAGGUCAGGUAAAUUGGUCUGCUUGCUGUUGAAAUUUGCCUUCUAGCAAACAUCUGUGCUUUCUCUUUGACCUUGUGUUUGCUGCCAAAGCUUAACAUGGUUGAAUUGGAAAAAAAAAAAAAAAAGAAAAAAAAGAAAGAAAGAAGUGUAUUUCCUCACUAAGUGAAUACAUUCUAAUGCUGCAUCAAAGCUGCCCUGAAGCUGCACUGAACUUCUCUCGUUCUCUUUAUCUGUGUUGAGCUUUUUUUAAAAAACAAAAAACAAAAAACAAAACGAAACUCAAAGCACUCUUGAGUCCUAUACGAUCUCCCAUAAGAAAUGUAGCAUAGUGUGGAAUCUUAAUUUCUCUCCGGUUUCAAGCACUACAGAGGAAUGCAAUAGAUAAGACAUAUUUGCUGUUUAACUAAAGCAACUGUAAUAUUGGAAGACCAGUCCUUCUGUAUUAUAUUGUAUAAUAGUUGCUAUAACACUACUUGCAUGUCUUCAUGGUAAAUGAUAUAAAUAUUUAUAAAUAUAUAGAGAACCAUAUGCUUAUAUAAACUCAUUCUUUCUCAUUCUCCAUUUGUAAUUUCAAGAUCACAGAUGGUGAAAUUCCUUUCUAUUGUGUGCCUCGCGUACACUUGGGCCUUGCCUGUCUUCAUUUUCUGAAAAUAUGUUCUUGGCAUGGGACAUUUCAGAUUCUUCUUGCCUUCUUUGUGUAAUAAUGCAAGGGUUGGCAGCCUUCAAGCCAAGAUAGAUUAUUUAAUUUUCACUUUUAAAAGAUUUUAAUAGGGGAAAAAAUUACCGGGACAUGCUUGUAAUACUCGUUCAAAAAUUUGUCAUGUUAAUCACAUAAUUCUGUCCUUAUGGUUAAAGGGGAUAAACUGGAAUGAUAAUCAUGGGUCUGACAUAAAUUGAUUUUUUUUAAUGUCUUAAAAUUGCCAUUCUUCAUUCCUCUUUUCAUCUCACAAUUUUUUUGGGUGGUGGGGGAGUGGAGUAAGGAAUUAUCUACAAUUCCUUAAUUAUCUACAAUUAAGGAAUUAUCUUUUUUUCUGUUGUAUUAGCUAAAUUGUGCUAAGGGUAGCCAGCUUUAAAUCCUGACCCCUGUCAUCUGAAAUGUGCCAGUCAUUGGGAAAGCUGAUGAGGCUGCAGUUGUGGUGUGUGUGUUGUUUUUAACUGGUGUUUCUCUUCUAGCGGUCAAAACAGUGAUGGCAACAUGGUGAUUGGAUGUUUUCUCUCUAUGGUUUCUUAAUUUUCUCCCAGCUUUUCUACUGUGUUGCCCCCUUUUCUAAAUGGCCCUGACGAACUCCAGAUCCAGAGAGAAAUAGCCUCAGCGUAUAAGAAUAUUUUAUUUUGCAUGUAGAGGAAAGAGUUAACCAAAGAUGUUCUGCUCUGAUACUUUCAAAAGAAAACAGACUAGUUAUCGCUUAAGUAUCAAUAGGUCCACCUAAAAGGACUAGCUGAUACAGCGAUUUACUUCAUGGUUUUUAAAAGCAUAGUUUGUGCUUUUAGAAAUGUUAGAGGUCUCAGGCUAAAAAGAGAAGUUGGCAGCCCUGAGCAAAGCAUUUUUGGCCCAAGGAUUUUUGUUUUUGUUUUAUUUUAAGGUUAUGGUAUGGAGAAUGGGUUGGUUAUUUGUUGUUGUUUUAGUUCCUUCUUUUUUAUUUAUUUUGGUGUGUUUUUUUUUGUUUUGUUUUGUUUUUUUUAGUGUUGGCAUAUUUCAGAUCUCAGUGACAAACACAGAUCAACCAAGCAAUUUUAAAUCAGUUUGGUUAUUCUACCUAAGGAACAUGGCCAUUAAUUAAAAGUCCAGCCAAACUAUACUAAACAUAGUAUGGGGCAAAAGUUAAAAUUCUCUUUUGAAAAUCAAGUGCCUCCUGGUUUCUCUUCUCACAACAAAAUGGCAAACCCUAGUCACACUUGCCCUUACACCGUCAUGUCUAGUCUCUGGAAUUAUGUGUGGAGCAGGAAAUGGAUUAGCACUAGCUCAUUCCCGGUAGGUAGCAUUCUUCUUACAUUAUGCUGCCAAAUCUCCAGGGUAUACAGACUGUUUGAAAUAUUAAAGUUUCACCUGAGAAUCUUUUGCGCAGCAUAAAGGCAUUUAACUUUAAUGUAUAGUGAACAAAGGAAAAUUGGAUCAAAUCAGGCGUAAGCUUAAAGCACAGCAUGUAAACAUCUUUGAAUGGUAAGUCUCAGGCAGGUGCCCUUAUUCCCAACUUGGUAUGCAAGCUGGCCUUGCUGACGAAGGGCACCAUCAUAUUUACUGUUUCUUAAGUUGCAUGUUGUGAAGGGAAUGUUUUUUGUAAAAGUUGCCAAGUCAGUCCAGUUCUAAAUAAGUAGCAAAAUGGUCAUUGAUACCACUGUUGUCAUUCUCCACUUUGUAUUAUUUGCUUUAAAAUACUAAGCAAAUCUGAGCUGCUUCCUGAUUCAGUGGACUAGUUGUGCAGUAUCUCUUUCUUUUCAGCUCCCAGCCACUAGGGGAACUUGAAGUUCUUUGGUCUUCAUCAGAGAUUCCUUCCAGGCUACACAUUUUUAUGCAAAUAUUUCUAUGGUUGCAUUCAAUCUACAAGGAAAAAGUGUACAUUGGUGCAUGUUUGAUAAACCCACACGCAGACACUUAAAACUAUAAUUAGUUUUUCUAUACCCCAUAGUUUUGAAUUAAAAACAGAUGCUUUUCCCCCAGAGGGUUCUUUGUUCUAGGAACUACAUUCUGAAUCUAACAUUAGGCACUGGUGAAAGGAGAAACAGGAUUGGGAAUUCAGAAUUUAGUGACUUAGGGAAAAAAAAUGCAUCUUAUUCUGGCUAUUUGAAAAUAUAUUUAUUUGUAGAUAAGUCUAGAUUUAGUCUUGGGAGAUCAAAGUUUUUUACAUCUUAAAACUUUUUUCAUUCCCUUAGAUCUGUCCAAACAUGUCAUAUGUUAGCGAACCAUUUCUUCUCUCGUGUUCAUGUAUUUUGGAAUUAACUUGUUUGCAUUCACUGUUUUAUAUUCUGCCCAUUUCUGUUUAUGUGCAUUUACCACAGAUGUUUUGGGACGUUGCCUAAACGGAGACAUAUUUUGGCACCUGUAUCACUGAGGAGAUAGAAUGGUUGAUGACAGUGGCAUUGUUUAACUUUCUUGAGUUUGGGUCUGUACAGUUUAUUUGCAGAAGAGCUACUCAUCUAUGUUUUAACACAAAAAGUAUUACAGGAUUGAGGCACGUAACCACAGUGGUAGUCGUCAUAUGUCAAUAUUUACCCAAGUUCUGAAUCCAGAGGUGCAGAUUUAGACCUUAACUUACAGAAGGGAACAUGCAGCGGCUGCAGUCCUCAGACCGUAUGGGAGGAUGUGGUGCACAGAAAAUGCCAGGUGCUUUUUAGGACAUCCUGCUUCCCUGUCCUCAUCUGAUAGAACUCUGGUGUACACCUCGAGGAUGUGGGAGGAAUGUGGAAACAUCGUACCAUUAGAUUUCUCAAUAGUUUGGCUAUCCCUUUGGAAUUAGGAGAAAGUGAACCCAGAUAGUCGUGGGAGCCUGCAGAAUCUGCUGCCAGCAGUGCAACGGAGAACUGCAGGAGGUAUAUGGGAAUUCCUGUAGUUUUUAAGUGACUCCAGGACAAGGGACAAGGAUCCCUAUUAAUUUAAAGGAGAAUUUGGAUGCUGCACACCUCAGUCCCUGAGAAAUCCCUGGCUGGACAUGAAAUGAUGACAUUAGCGUCCUGGCCCAUCACUACAUUGCCUAAUUGAGUUGUGAUUAUCUGCUCUGACUUUUAAAAUGUAAGUUUGAUGUUUAACUAUUCCCCUUGAGCAAAUUUGGAUCAGAAAAUGGAAAUGUGUGACAAGAUCAAGAUCACUUUGUGGUUAUUAUACACAAUCUUCAAAAAAGGGAAUAGCCAACAAGUAACAUUUAGUAAUAAUUUGAAUACUUCUUACGCUUUGCCGGAUCUUUGGUUUUAAGGAGACAUGUAAAACAAGUGAAGCCUUUUCCUUCAUUACCCUGUGAAACUUUCACAGAGCCUGCCUCUUCAAUUGGCAGUGACAGUAUGGGCAUAGUAUGUAUCACUGGUGAUGCUGACAUGUCUCUUAGAUGCUCUGGGCUAGUGGUUCUGGGUUCCUUGACCUACAGAAUAGGAUUCCAUAGGCAAAUCUUUGAGCCCACGUGACUAUAGAAUUUGCCAAUGACAUAAUUUUACACACUAAUGAUAGAUAGGAAUUUUACCUCUUUUCAGUAGUUUAAUACCGUUUCAUAUUGUGUACAAAAAUGUUCACUCACCCAGCUAAAAACAUUGAGUAAACCCAAGGUUUUAAUAUAGACUGUCCUUGCCAUAUGAUACUUUCUCCCCACCUUAUAAUACACAUUUUUAAAUCCUUCAAAAUUCAUUCACAGCACUUCACCAUAUUUGGAGUCUGGGUAUUCUUCACUCACCCAUAAGAGAUAAACAAGGCUACUAGAGCUUGAAUGUGAUUUAUUUUAGGGAGUAAAAUUCUUGCCAUCUUUCCCAGGAAGGGAAAGCCCGUAGGACUUUUCAAAACUAUUUUCUUUUUAAAUGACUCACAAGAUAGGUAAGUUAGUUCACUAAGGUAAAAAGCAUUCAGAAAUAGGAAGAUCACAACACUGUGCCACCUGCAGCUCUGAAAUUGGAUUGAGUGAAUUGAACAAAGAAGAGAACAGAUCAGAGAACCCACGUGGAGUCCAUGCACUUCCUCCCUCCUGCACAGUUCUUGGUCCCCCUCCUGACUCCAUUCCUAAAAUUGCCAGUGUCGAUUUCAUUGGGCCAUUUGUUUACGAGUUUAACAGUUUUGGGGAAAAAAGAGGGAGGGGGAAACAUCUAGUUUUGACUAGAUAUAAUUCUUGAAAGUUAUGAACUCUUGGCAACUGUUACAUCAGAUUGAACCACAAACUAGAAGAAUUUUCUUGUCAAGCAAGACCAGUAAGGUAGAAUAGAGGACUUUAAUAAUCCCACAGUUUUCUCCCUUUCUCCUCCUCUUCGUGAAAUCAGAGUGAUGAGAAGUUGCUCUUUGAAAUACCUCCAAAGGUAUUGUAUUGACCUUUUCCCUCCAAGCAGCCCUCUUUAUGCAUUUUUGCUCAGGCAACCAAGGACAUAAGAGUAUUGGCAGAAACACGGAGUGCUUUUGUAUAGGCCAUCUGUACAUAAAAGUGUAAUUAUUUAUUUAAUUUUCCCAUUUGUAUCAUAUUAAAGCUUUGUACAGUGUUUUAAGUUCUGUUUUAAAAUUAUUUUGUAUUUUAUUUUUAUAAUCUAGUAAUAAAAUAUUCAUUCCGCAUGCAAA